AUGGACAUUAGAAAAUAUUUACUAAGUAACAAAAAAAAUUUACCAGCUAAUAUCUCAUGCAAUUUAUGCCCUGUUGAAAAUGAUAAGCAUGAUAUAAAUACACGAGGCUCUAUUGAAAAUAAUAAGGAUGAUGUAAAUACACCAGAAUUUAAAAUUAAACACCUAGUCAUAGUUUUAACUAAAUUAAAAUUGCCAGUACAAACCACUUUGGAUAUACCCAAACGUAGGAGGGAAGAAAAUGAUCUUGAUACACUCAUUUAUAUACCCAAAGACCAUAUAAAAUCACUACCUAAUUUAGAUAUAUCAAGUAUUACAUUUAAUAAAAAUGAUGAUAGUCAACAAAAUGAACAUACCAAAUCACUAAUUAAUAUAGAAAAUCAAAAUUUUAAUGAUGAACUUGAUACCAUAAGCAACAAUUUACCACCCACAUCAGAAAAUCAGAAUUUUAAUGAUGAACUUGAUACCAUAAGCAACAAUUUACCACUCACCUCAGAAAUACCUAGAUACUCUAUAAAAAAUUAUGAUAAAAAUAAGCUAAAUACACUUGAUCACUUCAAAUCUCUACCUAGUAAAAGUAUAUCAAGUAUCACAUUGAAGAAGAAUGAUAGUAGUCAACAAAAUAUUAUAGGCUGUAUCAAUUUAGAAUUUAAAGGAAUAUCUCAAUUAAUAUUCACACCAAGGGGUAAAAAAAAUAGUGAUAACAAACAAAAAAAUACACUAAGUCACAACAAAUCACUAUCUAAUAAAUAUAUAUAAAAAAUCUAGGGAGAAUUUAAAUGGAAAUGAAGUUCCACUCAUGUCAGCAAUUCCCACAUACUCCAGAAAACUAAAG